CUCCCUCCUUGCCAGAAGCGUUGCCCGCUGGCGAGCCGAGCCGCUCCAGUGGGGAUCUGCCUGCCCUGGGGGCGCCGCCCGCGUUCCCCGCCGAGCCCUCGCUCCCGGGCCGCUCCAGUCCCAGGCUGUGCCGGCUCCUGCGCCUCCCCGAGUCGCAGAUGCUGCGGGCGUCUCCGGGAGAAGAUCCGGGCUGCGCGCUCGCUCGAUGGAGACAGGAAGAUGCAGAAACUAGUGACACACCUGGCAACUGAGCUAGAGGAGAACCCAGGUUGGAGGUAGAGUAGUUCCGAGCCAACUGACGCAGCCGGGAAUUUAGCAUUGCAAAGCCACUAGCAAGGAAGGAAAGCAUCUGCCCCACCCUCCCCCACCGCGCGCCCUCGAUCCUCUUCCCGCCCCCUCCCCCGUGACGUCACCCUAGCCCUGUCCCUGGGAGCCUGCAAAGCCUCUCAAAUUCAAACUGCUAGACGCACUGCUGCCGCCGCCACCGGAUUGGAAACGCGCGCCCAGGCUCCGCCGUCGCCGCCGCCCGCCGACCGGGCCGGCCCGCUCCCCGACCUCCCUACGCAUUCGCACCCCAGCCCCUGGCGGCACAGCUGCCCUCCGCUCCAACUUUCCUCUUCCUCUCCUGCCUUCUGCUGGAUUUUUAAUUUCUGCUCACCCCCCCCCCCCCCACCACCACCACCAAAUUAAAGCAACCAACAAAAAGCAGGGCAUCCCCCCUGGAAGCGGCGUCUUCUUUUACCUUGCUCUCCCUCUCUUCCUGAAGAUGCUAAACUCCUGGUGGACUGCAGAGGAGGGGGGUCCCGUCUUCUCCUGAUGUCCAUUUCUGCUGGGAACCCAAGACGGGCAAGCCGCCCGAGAUCUCUUCGAGAUACCCCAGGGGAGAAGGAGAUGGGCUGGAUUUAGUAGGACAACUCGGUUACUAAAUGACUCCGGGGCUGGCUGCGACCUGCCGGGAAAUCAGGUUUGCCUGUAGGUACCUGAGCUGACACCAAGGUGCCUAAAGAUGCUGAGCGGCGUUUGGUUCCUCAGUGUGUUAACCGUGGCCGGGAUCUUACAGACGGAGAGUCGCAAAACUGCCAAAGACAUUUGCAAGAUCCGCUGCCUGUGUGAGGAGAAGGAAAACGUACUGAAUAUUAACUGUGAAAACAAAGGAUUUACAACUGUUAGCCUACUCCAGCCCCCCCAGUAUCGAAUCUAUCAGCUUUUUCUCAAUGGAAACCUCUUGACAAGACUAUACCCAAACGAAUUCGUCAAUUACUCUAACGCGGUGACACUUCACCUAGGUAACAACGGGCUCGCGGAGAUCCGAACAGGGGCAUUCAGUGGCCUGAAAACCCUCAAGAGACUGCACCUCAACAACAACAAGCUCGAGGUGUUGAGAGAGGACACCUUCCUGGGCCUGGAGAGCCUGGAAUACCUCCAGGCUGACUACAAUUACAUCAGUGCCAUCGAGGCAGGGGCAUUCAGCAAACUUAAUAAGCUCAAAGUGCUCAUCCUGAAUGACAACCUCCUGCUGUCGCUGCCCAGCAAUGUGUUCCGCUUCGUCCUGCUGACCCAUUUAGACCUGAGGGGGAAUAGGCUAAAAGUAAUGCCUUUCGCUGGUGUCCUUGAACAUAUCGGAGGGAUCAUGGAGAUUCAGCUGGAGGAAAACCCAUGGAAUUGCACUUGCGACUUACUUCCUCUCAAGGCUUGGCUGGACACCAUAACUGUUUUUGUGGGAGAGAUUGUCUGUGAAACUCCCUUUAGGUUACAUGGGAAAGAUGUGACACAACUGACCAGGCAAGACCUCUGUCCCAGAAAAAGUGCCAGUGACUCCAGUCAAAGGGGCAGCCAUGCUGACACACACAUCCAAAGGCUGUCACCUACAGUGAAUCCUGCUCUCAACCCAACCAGGGCUCCAAAAGCCAGCCGGCCACCCAAAAUGAGAAAUCGUCCAACUCCCCGAGUGACUGUGUCAAAGGACAGGCAGAGCUUUGGACCAAUCAUGGUGUACCAAACCAAGUCCCCUGUGCCCCUCACCUGUCCCAGUAGCUGCGUCUGUACCUCUCAGAGCUCAGACAAUGGUCUAAAUGUAAACUGCCAAGAAAGGAAGUUCACUAAUAUCUCUGACCUGCAGCCCAAACCUACCAGUCCAAAGAAACUCUACCUAACAGGGAACUAUCUUCAAACUGUCUAUAAGAAUGACCUCUUAGAAUACAGUUCUUUGGAUCUGUUGCAUUUAGGAAAUAACAGGAUUGCAGUCAUUCAGGAAGGUGCCUUCUCAAAUCUGACCAGUUUACGCAGACUGUAUCUGAAUGGCAAUUACCUUGAAGUGCUGUAUCCUUCUAUGUUUGAUGGACUGCAGAGCUUGCAAUAUCUCUAUUUAGAGUAUAAUGUCAUUAAGGAAAUUAAGCCGCUGACCUUUGAUGCUUUGAUUAACCUACAGCUACUCUUUCUGAAUAACAAUCUACUGCGGUCCUUACCUGAUAAUAUAUUUGGGGGCACAGCCCUCACCAGGCUGAAUCUGAGAAACAACCAUUUUUCUCAUUUGCCUGUGAAAGGGGUCCUGGAUCAGCUCCCGGCUUUUAUCCAGAUAGAUCUGCAAGAGAACCCAUGGGACUGCACCUGUGAUAUCAUGGGACUAAAGGACUGGACAGAACAUGCCAAUUCCCCUGUCAUCAUCAAUGAGGUGACCUGUGAAUCUCCCGCUAAGCAUGCAGGGGAGAUACUGAAGUUUCUGGGGAGGGAAGCUAUUUGUCCAGAUAGUCCAAACUUGUCAGAUGGAACCAUCUUGUCAAUGAAUCACAACACAGACACACCUCGGUCGCUUAGUGUGUCUCCCAGUUCCUAUCCUGAGCUACAUACUGAAGUUCCACUUUCUGUCUUAAUUUUAGGACUGCUUGUUGUUUUCAUCUUAUCAGUCUGUUUUGGGGCCGGUUUAUUCGUCUUUGUCCUGAAACGCCGAAAGGGAGUGCCAAGUGUUCCCAGAAAUGCCAACAACUUAGACGUAAGUUCCUUUCAAUUACAGUAUGGGUCCUACAACACCGAGACUCAUGAUAAAACAGAUGGUCACGUCUAUAAUUAUAUCCCCCCACCUGUGGGUCAGAUGUGCCAAAAUCCCAUCUACAUGCAAAAGGAGGGAGACCCAGUAGCCUAUUACCGAAACCUGCAAGAGUUCAGCUAUGGCAACCUGGAGGAGAAAAAAGAAGAGCCAGCCACACUUCCUUACACAAUAAGUGCCACUGAGCUGCUAGAAAAGCAGGCCACUCCAAGAGAGCCCGAGCUGCUGUAUCAAAAUAUUGCUGAGCGAGCCAAGGAACUCCCCAGUGCAGGCCUAGUUCACUAUAACUUUUGUACCUUACCUAAAAGGCAGUUCGCCCCUUCAUAUGAAUCUCGACGCCAAAAUCAAGACAGAAUCAAUAAAACCGUUUUAUAUGGAACUCCCAGGAAAUGCUUUGUGGGGCAGUCAAAGCCCGACCACCCUUUACUGCAAGCUAAGCCGCAAUCAGAACCAGACUACCUCGAAGUUCUGGAAAAACAAACUGCAAUCAGUCAGCUGUGAAGGGAAAUCAUUUACAACCCCAUGGCAUCAAAGGAUGCUGCUCCAAACUGUUGGAAGCAUGGCAUUCACUUUUGUGUUUGUUCUCUCUUUCCCAGCAUUAAUGGGGGACUUUGAAAAUGUUUGGGAGAUGGGAUGAAGCAAUGAUAUUGCUUUUGCAAGUUUUCCUUUAAAUUAUUUCUCUCUCGUUCUCCUCCCCUCCUUUUUUUUUCCUUUUCUUCUUAGGAACCAUCAGCGAACAUGAAUGUUUCAACAGUGCAUUUCUUCAUAUAUUUUGCUUAUGUUUUUGUUUCUUUUGUUUCUUCUUUUUUCCAGUGUGGGAGUGGAAAGAGGAGAUUAUAGUGAAUGAAGAAACAAUAGGCAAACUGUUCAAAUGAAAAUGGAUAUUUAGUGUAUUUUGUAGAAGAUCUCCAAAGAUCUUUUGGGACUAUAACUUCUUUUGUAAAUAAUGAUAUAUGGUAUUUCCGUCUUCAGUUGCCAAGUAUAGCCACUGGGCAUCAAUUCUUUGUGUUAAAGUGCCUUCGCACUUUAAGUACAUCACUUAAAUGUUGCUUUUAGCUUUGAUAAAUUGAACAUAUUUUAAUGUGUUGUAUUUUUGAAAUUGAAAACACUGUAAAAUAGAUCAAUGUGUCAGCUAUAUUAAGUCAACUUACAGUGUGCUUGAGUUAUAGAAACCAGCCUGUCAUCAAAUGAUUCUAGUUCUAGGACUUUGUAGACGUAACUGUAAAAUAUUUUCUUUCCUCUGGGUUUGUUUUGAGUGAUUUUAUUUAAGUCAACUAAGGGGAUUUAACAGUGGACUAGAGGUAAUAAGCCGCCUCAGUUGGGAUUAAUAAUUCAUUAAUAAAAUAUAUUUAACCCCAAAUCAGAGUGAAUUGAACAAUUAAUACCCUUCCGUAAAUCAUUAUUUUCCACUAACAUGGUCAGUGUUUUAGAUUAUUUUCCUAAUUAAGAGUACAUUACACAAGUUGUAAUAUAUUUUUUCUGCAUUAAAUUAGAUAUUUUUAUAUAUUUAAAUGAAAGAGCCUGUAUUUCUAACUUUUUAAUUGAAAUUAAUAUUUUUUCUGCCUAUUGAAACAUUUUCUAUAAACAUACACCAGUAGAGGCCGCCACACACCUCAUUUAACAAAGACAUAUGAGCCAUGAAAUACCUUGAAGAAAGACUUCAAAGGUGAGAUUAAAACUUCCCAAGUAAGUUCUCUGCAAAUUCAAGGCAGCAGAGAGAAAAAUGUAUACGUUACUUUCUAUUUCUUUUAGGAUCAAAGGUUAGACUAAGAAGCUUUCUAAAUUUUCACAUUUUCGGACAAAGAAACAUUUUCCUUUUGAGUUUAAUUGAAGCGUUAACGGUGUGCUGUCAAAUCAUAUACUAUUUGCAUUUCCAAGCUGAUUAAUUUACCUAAACCAAGACAAUGAGCAUCUUUUUUCCUUCUGUCUUUUUUAGGCAUGUGUUACUUGAAUAUUUUCUUGUCAGCUUGCGCAAGACUUUAAUUUUGGUCUUCGCAUUAAAGUGGUUUUAACUAACCAAGUUUAUAUAACAUUUAUGAAGCCUUAUUAGCCUGUAAAUAAUUUUUAGAUGCAGAUAUUAUUGUGUGAUUUAAACAAACAGCCCUUCUUUACAACAAAAAAUAGUUUUGUUUUGUCUAUUGUAAAUCCUUAUGCAACUGGAAUGGUGAUCUGCAUAUAAAGUAGUCCAGCUUUUCAAUUCCUUAUUAAAGCAAGUGAUGGCGUCUGAAAGAAGCACACUGUUUCCUUUUCAUAAAUAGGUUACUGCACAUAAUAAUCCUUUAUUAUCAUGUGGAGAUUGAAGUGGAUCCUGAUAACUUACUUUUAAAGCUUUAAAAUGACUAAUAGUGUAUUGUCUGUCAUUAUAACCAAUUCAUGUGAUAGACUUUCAAUUAGAAAUUACUUACAUCCAAAUUAUUUGGGUUAAUAAAUAAUAGUGGGAAAUGGUUAUUUUUUUUUUAAAAGAAAACAAAAGAAGGUAAUUGUGUAUAUAAAAAUGUAAAAGGCAUUCAGGAAAAAAAUGUCCCUUUAACAAUCUAAAAAUCUCAGAAUAUCUACAUUGCAAGCUAACAACAUGUUUACUCUUUGGUUAGAGAUCAUAAUUCCUAUUUAUGAUUCUUUGAUCCUUUAGAUCAAAGUUGCAAUGGUAGGCUGAAAUGAUCUACAGGAAACUUAAUGUAUAGAGAUUUUAUACUUCACACAAGAUGAGAUAGACUAUUAUGCUUGCUGAACUUGGAGGUGGCUCCUGGAAACCACUUUGUCUUUGAGUGAAGUAUUUAUGCAUAAAAUAGUUUCAAAAAUCCUCUUCUGGAUGUUCUUAUUUGGUGCAAUGAUAAAUACAGAAUACAGAGGUAGGUAUUUUGGGAAGUGAUUAUGAAGGCAAAUUAGCAUAUAUAUUCUGUUGAACAGUUUUUGGGCUUAAACUACACGGCUAGAGCUAUUGAUGUUGUGAUUACACUUUGGUGUUUGUUCUUAUUCUCCUGAAAGUAAAGUCACUCCUGUAAAAUGCUAUUGUCCAUAAAAAAAAAUAAUUCAUUAAGCUUACAAAAGAUAUCUUGAUAUUCAUUUAGUUACAUGAUUUUAAACAGGCCUCUUGGAAGAACUCAAAUUCAUGAACUCUUUUGCCUAAUAGUUACAGUUUAAUUCCAUAUUCUCAUGCUUUCUAGAUUUGUACUUUAUUUGCAUUCGAUUUUGAGAUGAAAUCAUUUGAAUGUGGCCUAGACUAUUUUAUUUAAAAGCCUAAUACACCAUAUACUUUUAAGCUUUAUUUUCUAAUGCAAUCAUAAACACGUUACGUUUUAUUAACUUACUAACAUCUUCACUAACUAUAUUCUGUUUUGCUUUUUCUGCUCAAGCAUUUUCAAACAUAUUUUAUUUUAGGAUUUUUUAUUUUUAUCUCCCACAGCUGGAUUUUGCUAUUUCACUUUUAUUUCACAUACAGCUUGUAAGGGGUGUGAGCAUCAGCACAGCGAAAUGACUCCAACCUACAGAAUGCGGUCUCCCAGGGCCCUGCCUGGAACAGAUCUGUAUGUCUGGCCCUACAAAUGGCAAAUGGUAAUUCCCUUAUAUUAUAGCUCUUAAUUAGUUCAUUUCACCGUUUCUGAAUAUACCUGUGGUUAAAUUUGUAUUGAAACACUCAAAAGUACCACUCCUCAGUCUGGACACAAUAGGUUCUGGACUUUGGUCAACCUGUGUGCCUUGUUAGUCCUCUCCAGUAAUUGGUGAGUAAGGAAAUGACCCUUCAAUUUCCUCUUCUUUGUCCUCUGACCUCUAAGGUGACUUAAUUUUUCUAAAUGUUUCCAAGUCUUCAAGGGCUCGAUAUUUUAUGAAUUUUGCAAAAAGUGUGUAAGGAGUGAGAGAGAGGUUCUGUGAUUUUUCAGAUUCUGAAAAUUCAUUUUGAUUGUACCUGCUCCAGAAACAUACUGGAUUGUAUGCUAAAGUGAAGAGAGCCUUCCAGACAACCCUCCCAAUCUAUUUGUUUCUUCAUUUAUUCAUUCAAUAAAUAGUUAUUGAAUGCUUGCUUCUUAAGUGCCAAGCUCUAGACAGUGUGCCGAGGGGGGCACAGAGAUACGGUGGUCAGGAUCUCUAUCCUCCUAACCCCAUCCCUUCACCUCCAACCCUAGUCCCUACCAUCCACCCUCACCUGGUAAGGAGCUUAGUGUUAAUAAAGGAGAACCUUACCUAAAUGACAAUCACCCAAAGUAAACAGGAGAAACAGUAACGCCACACAAGAGGUUAAAUUUUUAAAGGUAAUUCUGUGCAGUAAAGUAUAAAACUGAUAUGUCAUAGUCUAGUGACAGUGUAACCACUAUUAACAUCUCUAAAAGAAGAAAUAAAAUAAAAUGAAUUUCUGCAGAACAUGGCCCAAUAUUAUGGCCUGAAGAUAGCUAUAUACUUGUGCUAUCUAAAGAUCUACUUUGUAAAGAUGACUACCAAGGCUGUAAAUACAAAACCACAAAUGUACUUACAUUUUCUGAAAUAACCAUGUUUUAGAGGCACUAUUUACUUUAUAUUUCAGUGGCUUGAAAAUAAUAUUUUGGCUUAAGUGUCUUCUACCAAGACAAUGAUGACACUUACCUUAAUCCUGAGAGAAAAUUAAAUACUGUAUAUAGAUGUACUUUGCUUCUCACAAUGGUUGUGAAAAAGUCAUGUUUAAAUUGAAGUUUUGUAAGUCAAACUGUAUUUUAUGCAUUAAGGAAGCUGCCAUUUAAAGGAAACUUGUGAAUCCUUUUAUAAAGUAUAAAACCAUUUUAUAAUACAAAUAAUCAUUCUCUAAUUUAUCUGUUUUGUAUGUUUGGAUUUUCAAUAUCGACUUUGCUUAAAACAGAGCCCACAUGUGUAAUAAGAAUGUGUUUUGCCCAGGCUGCUUGUGCUACGAGUUUGUUGGUUGCUAAGGGCUUAUAUUUGAAAGUCUGCUGCAGUUUGGUGUGCAUUGAGCUAUCGAGAGAUUCUAUGAUGGCACAGUAGCAUUCCUGAACAGUGCGAGUACAACCUAUUUCAACUCAAUUGAACACAGGACUCUUCUGCUCAGCAGUGUCUCCUCUCUCAGACGUGGCCGUGUUUUAGUAGAGGGUAGAGUGACUCCUGUAUUCAUGUUCUAUAAAGUGCUUAGAGUCACAGGUUUUAUAAUAAAUAUAUGUUAUGUAAACAUA